AUGGUCAAACUGGGUAUCGACACGUAUGAAGAGCCUAUCAACCAGAGUGCGCUCAACGGCGGAUAUACACCUCAAGGCCAUGUGACUGGCAUCAGCUUGAUGCACCAGUCAGGGACCGGCGGUGGAUCGAAAUAUGGAUAUCCGUCCCAGAUGCCGCUGACAAGCAUUGAUGGCGACGUCAAUUUGCUGGACAAUCGGACUUACUGGCAGGAUCGAGUUGGCGAAGACGUCGCGCAAGUUGGCUACUUCCGUACCGAGCUAGAAUCUGGUGUCAAGAUCGAACUCGCGGCCUCUCGACACGCAGGAUUAUACCAUUACACGUACCCGUCUUCGUCCGAGAAGCACGUUCUGGUUGACCUGUCGCACUACCUGCCCCAUCUGACACGCUCAUGGGAUUCUCAAUUCUACACAGGCGGCGAGAUUGAGAUUCAACCGAACAACAGCACAUACACUGGAUACACAUCAAUAGCAGGAGGCUGGAACAUUGGCGCACCAGUCACCGUGUACGUAUGCGGCGAGUUCGAUAGUCUACCUGACGAAGCACAUGCUUUCAAGGGGAAGAACACAUUCCCUGUCGGUCGACACUUUCGCUCGUUCAAUAACGGCACAACACCUCGGCCUACGUAUACUGGAUCAACAGCCCGGUCAGGGCCGAUGAACGACCGCGUUGGAGCAGUAUUCACUUGGACCAACAUCACCGAGAUCAAAUCGCGAGUAGGCAUCUCCUUCAUGUCUGUUGACAAGGCAUGUUCGUACAAAAACGCCGAGCUCUCUUCGUGGUCAAUCGAGGAUACCGCGCAAGCGACGCGUGACGAAUGGAACCGCGAUGUCUUUUCCAAGAUUCGCGUUGACACGUCGGAGUCAGCAAAUAAGACCAGGCUGGCGUUGUUAUACUCCAGCUUGUACUUCAUGCACCUUAUACCCAGCGAGCGUGUAGGCGAGAACCCGCUAUGGGAAUCGGAUGAGCCAUAUUGGGACGAUUUUUACACAAUGUGGGAUCUGUUCCGAAACCAGGUCUCGCUCUGGCACCUCAUCCAGCCAAGCUACUAUGAGUCUAUGAUCCGCUCUCUGAUCGACAUGUUCAAGCAAGAAGGCUAUCUUCCAGAUGGUCGAUCUGGCAAUUACAAUGGUCUGGUCCAGGGAGGAUCAAACGCCGACAAUGUCCUGGCAGAUGCCUACGUCAAGGGCUUGACGGGUAUGAUCAACUGGACGGAAGGCUAUGCAGCAGUCAAGAAGGAUGCCGAUGUCUUGCCUUUCUUCGACGAAAACCCAGUCGACCCGUAUGGCUCGCUGAAAGAAGGACGUGGUGCGCUGAAAGACUGGAUAGAACUCGGCUACGUCUCGGCUGAUCGCAGCACGCGUGCAGUCUCAAAGACAGUAGAGUACUCACUCAACGAUUUUGCUGUCAGCCAGAUCGCAGCUGGUGAGGCGCCUGGCGAUCGUGACCUCUACCUCCGUCGGUCCGCAGGUUGGCAGAUGAGUUGGGAUCCUGAGUCUGCGAGUCGUAACUUUUCCGGUUUCGUUAUGCCGCGAUACGCGAACGGCACUUUCCAUAAGACGUAUGACAUUACUGACUGCGGCGAUUGUAACUGGGAAGAUGAGAGCUAUGAAGGCACUGCUUUUGAGUAUUCUUUUGUCGUUCCUCACGACAUCUCGCGCGUUAUCACGCUAAUGGGAGGCCCUUCCCACUUUGAGGAACGCCUCGACUACGUAUUCCAACCAAACACGUCUGGUGUAGACCUCGGCGUGAACGGACUUGGCAUCACCACCAUCAACAAUGUCGCGAACGAACCCGACUUCGAAACACCCUACCUCUACAACUACCUCAACAAGCAGUGGAAGAGCGUCGAGCGAAGCCGCCAGCUUGCUAAUGACUUUUACUUCAACACCACCAAUGGUAUACCCGGAAACAGCGACGCAGGAGCCCUGAAUUGCUGGCUCAUCUGGCAGAUGCUGGGAUUGUAUCCUAUAGUCACCACCCCCGUAUAUCUCCUGGAAAGUCCUUGGUUCUCUGACAUCAACAUCACAGUCAAUCAUGACAAGACAUUGAGGAUCAGGGCCGACGGUUUAGACGAUGGAGACGGAAAGCAGGGGUACUAUGUUCAGGGAGUGAGUAUCAAUGGGCAGGCCUGGGACAAGAAUUGGUUCGAGCAUGAAGACGCGGGUGGUAUCAUGACCGAGGGGGGCGAGAUUGUCUUCAGGCUUGGAGAGCAACAGACUGUGUGGGAGUCUGGUGAUGUGCCGCCCAGUCCUGGGCACCAGGUCGUUGAUGUUGGUGAGAGCGCACAGUUCUCUAACUGA